UCAAAAUUGUACUUAGGUACAGUACUUGAGUAAAUGUACUUACUUACUUUCCACCACUUUGCUAACAUUUUAGAUGUAUACAGUGAAAAGAAAGUGGAACUGGUAAUCACUUACAAGAACCAAACUGUGAUAAAGUUUAAUAAAGUUUUGUAGUUGUAAAUAAAUACUGUUUAACAAGUAAUUACAGAUAAAUACUUUACAGCAAUGCAGACCAGAGGAGAGUAAUAUUGUAGAUGUAUGGACAGAUACAAGUAAAUGGAUGGGUUGAUAUAGUUUCUUGGGUUGUGUGAGUUUAUGAAAACUACGUUGCACUUGUCUGCAGUCCAUGCUAUGUGGGAGGGGCCGUGGGAGGUGAAUAUCUUGACAGCUGAUGCUUGGUUUUUAAGACAGAGGUGCUCAGACAAAAGUACACACCUCCUGUAUGCAGAGGCAGUAGAUGCACACACAGUUUCUCUCACGGUAGGACCUACAACAUGAUGGGUGACCAGAGCUAUCCAUUCCCACAGGUGUUUCUUGUGGAUGGAGGUGGAGGUCAACAGAACUCUGGCCAGCUUCCAAAUCUUGUGCCCUGCUGGUCCUUUCCACCUGCCCAGGGCAGAAUGCGGAGCCGUGGGAAGAGUCGGGGAUGCAUGGGGGUCAGUCCUGGUCUGGCCAUGGUUGUGUUGUUCCUGUUCCUGCUUGUGUUUGCAGCUCUGGGGUUCGAAACCUACCAGAUUUACAAAAUAAAGGCAGAAAUGAAAGAGAUGAAAAAGGUUGAACGUGAGCCAGAGAUUAAUACACCUGCAAAGCAAAUUGGUCUCUAUAAACCUGCGUCGAACGGAGAAAACAUAGACAAGAGAGCUGCGGCACAUGUGAUAGGGCGGAUUGAAAAAAAUGGAUUCCAUAAAACCUUGCGAUGGGAGCCGAGGGUCGGUCGGGCGUUCACAGCUGGAGGAGUGACGUACCGGAUUGAAGAUGGAGCCCUGCAGGUCAAUGAGAGCGGACUCUACCACAUUUACUCACGAGUGGAGUUAAUCUUUAAGCAGUGUUUACCUACAACUGGGUUUGAUCACACUGUGUUUGUGAGGAGAGUAGGACACCCCUCACCUCUGACCCUGAUGGACGCCCACAGAGCAGGUUUCUGCAACCAGCUGCCGGGGUACCCAUGGACCACCGAGAGUUACCUCGGCUCCACCCUGCAGCUGCAGAAAUACGACAGAGUUUUAGUAAAUGUGUCGCAACCCUCUCAUCUUAGUCCUGCACAUUAUGCCAACUUCUUUGGUCUCUACAAGAUCUAAAGAGGACAGGUUGAUGGGCUUUGUGGUUUUUUUUAUGUUGCUCAAUCUCUUAAGUAAUUUUAUCCCAAUGAAAGAAUGUAAACUGCUCAGAAUGUCUCAAGCGGGAGUACUAUUUACUCAUCACUUUACUCAAAUGAUUCCUACUCUGUGAUACCUAUGAAGUACAAUAACUGCACUGAACAGUGUAAUAUUCUGUAAUGUUAAAACCCAGAGAAAAUAUGUUGCACAUUCUGUUUAUUGCCGCCAGCUUUACAAUGGGUGAUGAAAUGAUAUGAAACAAAUAUUGUGCCUUUUAUCAUUAUCGAUGUAGAAACAAUCUGUUAACACUAAGGUGCUGAUUUAGUUGUAGCAUUUUUAAAAAAAAAUAUUUAUUUCAGUGUGGAUCGACACUGUUGAUGUCUAAGUGUGUGCUUAUGAAACAGAAAGUAUUUUAAUGGCGGGUGUUUUGAAGCUAAUAAAGACGUAAUUUAACUUAA